AUGCCACCGAAAAGAAAAGCUUCUGGACCUGUCAAUGAGGAGCCCAAUGGCUCACACGCCAGUAAAAAGGGGCGCUCUGACAUGCACCAGCCUCAUCCCAACGCGAAACAAACUGAGGAUUUCGGCAUCGUUCUACGCCAAUUCUAUCCUCCAGAGAUGAGCAACGCGCGAUGCGAUGCAUAUACCAAUGGCGAUCUGGAACGCCCCAUUGAAACAUUGCAAAACGCUUGCCGGGAUACCGCAGACAAGCGGCGGGAGAUCCCGAUGUGUGAUGCGGUCGUCCAUUGGUUCAAGAGCGACCUAAGACUCCAUGACAACAGGGCCCUGCACGCAGCUUAUCAAUGUGCCAAAGACAACGGGGUUCCACUAAUCUGUCUAUACAUUGUCUCUCCCGAGGACUGGGCUGCCCAUUUGACAAGCCCAGCCCGAGUGGACUUCACCUUGCGCAUCCUCGGCCAGUUGCAACGGGACUUAGGUGAGCUGGAUAUCCCUUUGUACAUGGAAACGCAGGCGAAAAGAAAGGAAAUUCCAGAUCGCGUUGUUGCAUUGUGCCAGGAAUGGGGCGCUAAGACACUCUAUGCGAAUAUGGAGUAUGAGGUCGAUGAGCUGCGGCGGGAUGCUAAGCUCGUGCGGCUCUGUGCAGAUAGUGGGAUUAAUUUCGCCCCUACUCAUGAUACUUGCGUUGUCACUCCGGGGAUGCUGCACAGCCAGCAAGGGAAACAGUAUGCUGUUUACAGCCCUUGGUAUCGUGCGUGGUUAGCGUUUUUGAAAGACAAUCCGGACUAUCUGGAGUUGUCAGAGGAACCUGGGUCAAAUCCGGGGGAUGCGCGUGAGAAGUUCAAGAGCCUCUUUAAAUGCGAGGUUCCGACUGCGCCGGCAUCUCACCAAUUGUCAGACGAAAAGAAGAAACGACUUGAGAAACUCUACCCGGCAGGCGAGCACGAAGCUCUCCAGCGACUGGAAAGCUUCCUGGAGGAUAAAGUUAAAGACUACGAGAGUAACCGGAGUUUACUACCUGGUGAACACACUUCAGUGCUGAGCCCUUAUUUCGCGUCUGGGGCUCUCAGUGCAAGAACCGCCAUUGUGACAGCCAAAAAUAUGAACAAGGGCCAUCUCGACCGUUACGAUCCCGGAUACAUGGCCUGGAUCAGCGAAGUAGCCUGGCGCGACUUUUACAAGCAUGUCCUAGUCAACUGGCCGUUCAUCUGCAUGAACAAAUGUUUCAAACCCGAACACACGGACAUCGAAUGGGAGUACAACACAGACCACUUCCAAGCCUGGUGCGACGGCAAAACCGGCUUCCCAAUCGUCGAUGCCGCAAUGCGCCAGAUGCAACACUGCGCCUGGAUGCAUAACCGCACGCGCAUGGUAGUCUCCUCAUUUCUGUCGAAAGACCUGAUGCUAGAUUGGCGUCGUGGCGAGCGACACUUUAUGGAGAAUCUGAUCGACGGCGACUUCGCUUCCAACCACGGUGGCUGGGGCUUCGGGUCCAGUACUGGUGUAGAUCCGCAACCAUAUUUCCGCAUCUUCAAUCCUCUACGCCAGAGUGAGCGUUUUGAUCCUGAUGGUGAGUAUAUUCGCCAUUGGGUGCCGGAGCUGCGUGAUGUUUCGGACAAGGCUAUUCAUGAGCCUUAUGCGCGUGGGGCGGGGGCUAUUGCGCAGAAGAAUGGGUAUCCUAGGCCUAUCGUUGAUCAUGCGCAGAGUCGGGAGCGGGUGUUGGAAAGGUUUAAGCGUGUGCUUAAGGGGUGA